AUGGCCUUCAACAUAAGUUUCUCCACUUCCGCCGCUCCCCGCCGCGCCCCACCAAGGACCCUCGAUCGGAGAUCCCGCCAUGGACGCCCACGCGCCGCCGCCCCCUCCUGCCCGGGCUCCCUCGACUCCUCCCCUCGCUCCCGCGAGAUCGACCUCGACCCCGGCCUCUCCUUCGACGAGCCCCCCGCCGCCGCCAAGGUCAAGCUCCUCUGCAGCUACGGCGGCAGGAUCCAGCCCCGCCCCCACGACCACCACCUCGCCUACGCCGGCGGCGACACCAAGCUCCUCUCCGUCGACCGCUCCGUCCGCUUCCCCGCCCUCGUCGCCAAGCUCGCCUCCCUCACCGGCGCGCCCGAGUUCUGCCUCAAGUACCAGCUCCCCGGGGAGGACCUCGACGCGCUCGUCUCCGUGGUCAACGAAGAGGACCUGGAGCACAUGCUGCUCGAGCACGACCGGCUGUGCUGCGCCUCCGCGAAGCCCGCGAGGCUGAGGCUCUUCCUCUUCGCGCCGCAGAGCUCCAGGUCUCUGAGCUCGGGCUCCGGCGACCCGAAGUCGGAGCGCCACUGGCUCGGGGACGCGUUGGACUCGGCGCAUGCGGUGAAUUUCGAGGCAGCGAACCCGGAUUAUCUGUUCGGCUUCGACAAGGGUUUCUCGGUGGCGCCGCCUCUGCCGCCGGUGAAUUUGCAGGAUUUUGUGCAUGUGCCGGUCGUGGCCGAGUAUGGGUUGGAGGAUCGGCGCGUCACUGGGGAGCAGGUUCCGCCGGCGGCGACGGCGGCCGAAAUUCAGCAACAGAUUCAGGCGUUGGAGAGAGCGCAAAUUUCCGAUCAGCAACAAGAGGCCGUUACAAAUGCAUGUGGCGACGGAGUCAAUCCUGGCGUUGGCACCGGUGAGUACCUUGCUGCUCCGGUAAAACCAGAGAAACUGGCGACUCCGGCACCGGCUGCGGCUCAGGUGGGCGCGCCGGUGCAAAUACCGGCGGCGGCGGCGCCGUACUUGCCGGAGCGGCCCGUGACGGGCGGAGGUUUGCCAUUAAUGGUGAACGGGGGCCAACCAGCGUACUACAUUCCCGCUCCGGGCGGUGGUGGCUACCUCACCGCCGUUCAACCGGUCACCGGACCGAUAGGUCAGGGCUACUAUGGAGUGCAGAGGAUGGGGCCAGAGCUUUACCGGGAACAGGCGCUUUAUAAUGCGGUCCCACAUCAGCAAGCCAAGGUCGGUGCUUAUGGUGAGGGGAUUCAGCUGAUGCAGCAGCCCGUCACGAUGGCCGACGCCGGUUUCCAGCAGGUGGUUUACUAUACGACAGCCGGAGGGAUGGUCCCGGCUUAUCAAGCGGCGGCGACGGCGUCGACUGUCAACGGGAUGCAAAGUGGCGGCGCGUUGACUCAGGAUGGUAAAGUUGUUGGUCAGAUACCACAAACGACUGCGGUGUGA